AUGGAUUCGCUUGCUUGGUUCUCCAUUUUGUAUGUUUUGCUUGAAGGUUAGCGUGUACAGUACUUCCCUAACGGCAAGGUGGGGAGCCCUGUAGAUCAGCUUGUUUACUUGCAGCUCACUAACGACCAGUGGGCCUUCAUAAAGAAUCGAGAGACGGAGAUUAAACUAACUCUCACUCGGCUUUGUUUCUUUUCAUCGACACAUGUUCGAAGAGACGACGCCAGAAAAAUUCACAAGUAGCAAGUCGGUCGUGGCGUGUUGUGGUCAGCCACUUUGAUCCAUAACAAUGUUGACUGACGACCAGUGGGAUCUCAUCAACCGGAAGUCACUUCAAGGAUGGACAACGGUGAAGUAAACAUAACAUUGAGCAGAGAUGACUGUACAAGUAAACUGGUCUACAUCAAAAGUCCAGAGAGGAGCAGUUCAUUGACAGUGGCCCCUCACAGUGCAAGCAGCUCUUCGGCCUCUAUUAUUCUCCCAUCCAGUCUAUUAAUGCAGCCUGGACAGUCUAACGGCCUCAACAGCAGCCCUGCGCCAGUGGAAGUCACGUCUUCCUCCAUUACUGCCACUGUUAGCACGCUGCAGGAAGAGCCACAACAUAAGGGCCUCACCAAAGAUCAGAAGCUGGUCUCAUCUAGCCGCCUCAACUUCGAGGAGAAGUUGAUGCAGUCAGGGGGCAGAACAGCACACCUAACCCCAUCUUCCAUGGAUUCCCUUAUCGGAGGAUCAGAUCCUAGCUUUUUCACCAUGAAAACUGAGGAUUUCUCUUUGGAUAAAAUAGGUCAUGAUCCUACUGACCUUGAUCAUGCUUUUGAGCACAUUGGCAAAGACAUCGACAUGAACCAGAAGUUAUUCAGUGAUAACACUCUGGAUCUGCUCAGUGACUUUGAGCUCACCGGCUCCCCAUCGGAUUUUUAUGUAGGGGAUGACGCCUUCCUGUCCACCCUAGCAGAUGAUGCUCUGCUUGUGGACGUCACCCCGGAGAAGGAAAUCAAGCCUGUUACCGCUGAGAGCGCUGCCAGCAGUGGCCCCCUUGCUUUCAAUGGCAACAACAACAUUAUCAAUCCUGAUCAGUCCAGCUCAAGCGUAUCCACAACCUUAACGUCGCCCACCACAAUGGUGAAGAAAGAAAAAGAUGGCGACUUCAUUCAGCUCUGCACUCAAGGUGUGAUUAAACAAGAGAAGAUGUCUUUUUGCCAGAUAAGCAGCACCACAUCCCCUGACCUGCCCACAUCUAGUCCCAUCUCCAUCUGCGGGGUGAGCACCUCUGGAGGUCAGAGCUUCCACUAUGGACUCGAUUCGCAGCCGCUUAAGGAUCAGAAGUCUGUCACCUGCCAGUAUGUUCCUGUUGCCACCGUUGGUGCACCCUGGAACAGAGGACUGACUCCCGGGCCAGUCUCAGGCUUGAAUAAACCCUCUGAGGCCUUCUCAGCCACCCCUACCUACCGCACCGGCUUUGCCAGCUCGACUUCCCGACCGGAAGGCACCACGGCGCCGUCGUCCACCCAGGGCAAGAGUGGCACUCACAAAAUCUGCUUGGUGUGCUCCGACGAGGCUUCUGGGUGCCACUACGGCGUGCUCACGUGUGGCAGCUGCAAGGUGUUCUUCAAAAGAGCAGUGGAAGGGCAACAUAAUUACUUGUGUGCUGGAAGAAAUGACUGCAUCAUAGAUAAAAUCAGGAGGAAGAACUGCCCAGCCUGCCGCUUCCGCAAGUGUCUAAUGGCCGGCAUGAAUCUAGAAGCGCGCAAAACCAAGAAGAAUCGCGUGAAAGGCAUCCAGCCAAGCAACUCACCCGAGUUGCUGCCCCCGAAGCCAGCCGAACCUCAGGCACUCGUCCCCAAGUGUAUGCCUCAGCUGGCCCCCACGAUGCUGUCCCUUCUGAAGGCCAUCGAGCCCGACACCCUCUACGCGGGCUACGACAACACCCUGCCUGACACCCUCUCGCGCGUCCUGACCUCUCUUAACAGACUGGGUGGCCGACAGCUCAUUUCUGCGGUCAAAUGGGCGAAGGCUUUGCCAGGUUUCAGGAACCUCCACUUGGAUGACCAGAUGACCCUGCUCCAGUGCUCGUGGCUCUUCCUCAUGUCAUUUAGCCUGGGCUGGAGGUCGUACCGGCAGUGCAACAGCAACAUCCUCUUUUUUGCUCCGGACCUUAUCAUGAACGAGGAGCAAAUGAAGCUGCCCUACAUGGUCGACCAGUGCAAGCAAAUGAUGAGGAUUAGCAGCGAGUUUGUCCGCCUGCAGGUUUCCCUUGAUGAGUAUCUUUGCAUGAAGGUCCUGCUGCUGCUCAGCACAGUGCCAAAAGAUGGCCUGAAGAGUCAGGCGGCUUUCGACGAGAUACGAAUGUCGUACAUCAAGGAACUGGGAAAAGCCAUUGUGAAGCGAGAGGAGAACUCCAGCCAGAACUGGCAACGUUUCUACCAGCUCACCAAGCUGCUGGACUCCAUGCAUGAGAUGGUCGGCGGGCUUCUCAACUUCUGCUUUUACACCUUUGUGAAUAAAUCGCUGAGCGUGGAGUUCCCGGAGAUGCUGGCCGAGAUUAUCAGCCACCAGCUUCCCAAAGUCAAGGCCGGUGGCGUCAAAGCCCUCCUUUUCCACCAGAAAUGACCCGUUUGCUCCCAUCGGAGGCCAUGCCUUAACACCCAAGACCACCACCACCCUGAAAAGACUGAGUACAUACAUCUUUGGGAGCGGGCGGAGGUUUUUCAGAUUUCUUAGGAAUUGUCGUGCAGACGAGUGCGCUUCACACCCAUGUUGUCUCAGGUGACUUCCUUCAACGAAACAACUAUAUCCGUCGACUCUACACAUGAAUUACUUUGUACAGAUUCUAAUAGUAUUUUUGCAUCCGGACAGUUUUCCAGGUUGUAGUCACGUGGAAGCCAACUAAACUCCAUGACUAUUUAGUAUUUUGAAACUCUUGAGUUGUUAUAGGAGGUUGCGACUAGACUAGCGCCCCGUCUCAAUGAUCUCGCUUCAUUUUGUGCUUUGAUCCGUUUCGAUAUGAAAAACACUUUUACGUUAGCCAUUCAAGAUUACGCCACAAGCUGACCUCUUCACGGUUUACACACGUCGAUUCAUAAAGGGAAAAAAAAAUGUGCCUUUUAUUUUGGUGUUGUCGUUGCGUAAAAUAUCAUCUCAGCUAUCUCUUCCUACCUGCGUGUGGGGCGUUGAGGGGCGUGCCUCUCCUCAGCCCAUCGCAAGUUUACCCUGAUUGUACUACAUGCAGUUGCGAGGCUUCCUUUUGAAACGACUGUUUUCCUUUCUCCUCUGAGCAGAGCUGCGUGCAUAUACGUAUGUGCGUGACUCGUCCCCGUACCACACAUGAAAUUCCCAAAGUGCGAUAUAAGUACUUUGGACUCUGCUAUAAAUAACGGCUUUCAAAGACUGUGAAGGAUGACUGUGGCUUCGUCACAGUCUUCAUAUAAGAUUUGGGGUUUUAGCCCGCCUCAUCUCAAAUUGGCACCCCACCCCUUCCUUUCCCCACUCAUUUACCUUAAACCCUCCAUUGUAUUUAACAGAAUGUGAUUUGCGUCAACCAAUCAGAAAAGAGAGUCCUAUUUUCAUGCGGAUUUGUAGCUUGUUAGUGCAUCUGAAGGGUGCAGCUGUUCAGCCAUGAGGGCGAGUGUGUGAUCCUGAUCCUGCGUCGCCCCGAAACUCAUCGCACCGUGUUUUACUCAAAAUGUCCACCUACACCUUUAAAGUUGAACACAUCACUGAUGGUUAAAAUAUUUCCUCAUAUAGUGGUUUUGUUACUUGACUGAAGAAGAGCACUUGGUGUCUGUUACGGUUUAGGUUAGAGAGACUCUCAAGUCAACUCGGCUGUGCUUCGAGAGCACUUUAAAACAAACACCGCUGGAUGCUAAGUGCUCUGCAUGGAUAAAAAAAUAAUAUCGAUUAUAUUUUAUCAUUCACGGUAAAUAAUUAUUAUUCAUUUUUAAAUGGUUCCGCAAUAUGCUAUGUAUCAUCUAUGACUAGAAUAUUGUAUCUUGCAAGGGUUUCCCAAAUAGUAGACUUUGUUUCCUCCCCGCGGACCUAAACAUGUACUGCUAUCUGAAGAUUUCUUUUUUCGGACAAUUUGAAAUUACAUUGCUUAAAAAAAAUAAAAAAAAAGAUUUAGAGAAUUAUGGCAUUUAUUUACCCUGACCUGCAAAUGCUACAAACAAUAUAUUAUUGUGCAAAACCCCAUGCAUCCAGAAAUAGAAUUUUUACAGAAAAUGAUGCAGUAGACUUUCUGAGUGCACCAAAGCAAUAUCUUUGUACCUCGGGAUUAUUUUAUAAUAUAAUAUAAAUGAGCUCUUUUUCACCCAAUAUCUGCCAGCUAGAGUCACUUAAACCAUGUCUCCUUAAAGUUACCUCCCGUGGGGAGUAUCUCUUAACUUCUGCAGUGAGCUAUCGGGUGGGAUCGACUAACUGC